AUGAAUACCUCAUUUUCAUCUCCAACCACGUCCACCAUCCCUUCUGUUACUCCAUCACCAAACGAGGAUGAUUCUUCUAGAACUACGCUGAAAUUGGUCUUGGCCAUUUCAUAUUUGGUUCUUUUUGUCAUUGGAACUGUGGGAAAUGGUACCGUAAUCCUGAUGAUCAUCAACAUUUUGACAUCAAUGAAACGGAACAUGCAGGCUGGAAAACGGAAAGUGAUGAGCAAUACCAAUCAUGUCUUUAUUUAUGUUCUGGGCCUCUCAAUCGUUGAUCUCUUGGUUAUCCUACACCUUCCGUUCUUAGUAAAAUUCGUCCCGCGAAAUUCAAUUUUCCAUGAUUUUUUAUCCAAAACCUCGUUUUCAGGACAAUGGCUGUUUGGUGUGGCAAUGUGUAAAGUGUACUGGUUUGGGGAGAGUGUCAAUAAGCUAUUAAGCUCAUUUUUGAUGACUGUGCUCAGUUGGGAUCGCUAUAUGGCAGUGUGUAGUCCGGUGAAGUCGAUGAAAAUGCGAAGCAAUGCAACAGCUAUGAAAGUUUUGUUGGCGUGCACCUUGUUCGCUACAGUACUACUCUUACCCGUGCUCAUCGAAGCAGCAGUUCUGAAAAUCGAUAAAAUGCACAUGGUUCCGUUAUUGGAAGGAAGUGAUGAGUUGGCAGCGUCAGACCUCGCUGGAACUACCAUAUCCAAGUGUAUCUUUGAUGCAGACGCCACUUUCACCUUGUACACUUUUGUUAUUGGGUUUGCUGCUCCUGCGUUCCUGAUUAUCAUUUUCUAUGCGCAGGUCACCAAGCGGAUCGUCGCUGUAAUUUUGUUCUAUUUCCUCUGCUGGACACCCCAAUGGACCCUGAACAUCAUGUCUCAGUUUAAUCUGAUUGCUGUGUCAUGGAUGACUCCAGCACUAUCAGCAAUGUUCUUUGUAGCGCAUUUAUUGGUAUGUUUCAAUUCUGCCGCCAAUCCUGUGCUCUACGCCUACAUUAACCGAGAGCUUCGUACUCAACACGUCAGGCAAUGCAUCGAAAACGCCAUUCAACUUUCCAUGCAAUCCCGCCCAUCCGACGCUUCAGCUACAGUAUUCUCCAAAUUUGAGAGUGGCGAAGGUGGGAUUUUGAAUAGACUGUCCAAUUUCCAACACAACAUCCUUGCAAGCAUAUUUCAUCGAAAACGGAUGCCAUUGGUUGUGGACAAAAAUAUAAAUAUUGAAAAUACGUCAUCAUCAACUGACGAGGAUAAGGAUGAUUACUUGUGA